AAAUGGCAUUCACCGGUCCAAUCACAACCCGUCAGACAAAGAAUCCAGCUCCGGAGAAACACUCUCCAAAUUCCCACUCAUUCCCAUCCCCUGCCCAAAAUGCAGAGCCUUUGGUUGCUCCCUUUGCUUGCAUUCCUCCACCUCUCCUUCCCCAAAUCCUCGGCUAACAUUGGAAUUGGUGGUCGUGUCGGAGUCUGGAUCAACGGGAGGGGCAUCACUACCACCACCCACACCCAAGCCCCACCGCCCAGAGCCUCAGAUCCCGGCCCUAGCAGGGAGUACAUAGUCCUCCAAGCGUGGAAAUCAGCCAUGACGGAGGACCCAUCUGGAAUUCUAAGUUCUUGGGUUGGCCCUGAUGUGUGCUCCUAUAGAGGUAUCUUCUGCUCAGAUCCCCCUGAAGAGAUGUCGUCAUCCACUGCCAGUAGUGUGGUGGCGGGCAUAGAUCUCAACCAUGCCAACCUCAAGGGAUCUCUGGUGAAGGAGCUCUCCCUCCUCACCCACCUCUCCGUCAUCCACCUCAACAGCAACAGCUUCUCAGGCACCGUCCCGGACUCCUUCAAAGAGUUCCAGUACCUCUCAGAGCUGGAUCUCAGCAACAACCGCCUCUCAGGGCCUUUCCCAACCGCAGUUCUCCUCAUCCCAAACCUCAAGUAUCUGGAUCUCAGGUUCAACAGCUUCUCAGGGGAGGUCCCAGACGAGGUCUUUGAGAAGGACCUGGAUGCCAUCUUCCUCAACAACAACCAGUUUGGAGGCCAGAUCCCCAUGAGCGUCUGGGGCUCUCCUGCUACUGUGAUCACCCUGGCUAACAACAAGUUCUCAGGGUCCAUUCCUGCUAGCUUUGGCUACACGGGUGCUAGGAUUAGAGAGAUCCUCUUCCUCAACAACAAGCUCACAGGCUGCAUUCCAGAGGGACUUGGCUAUCUAUCAGGGAUAGAGGUCCUGGACUUGAGCUUCAACGCACUCACAGGUCACCUCCCUGACUCUCUGUCGUGCCUCACUGGGAUGGAGGUGCUUAAUAUAGCACACAACCAGCUAACAGGGGAACUUUCUGACUUGGUUUGUGAUAUGAAGAGACUUGUAAACCUUACGUUGUCUUAUAACUUCUUCUCCGGGUUCAGCCAAGAUUGUGCAGGGCUCUUCUUCAGGAAUGUGGGGUUUGAUUUUGCUGGGAAUUGUGUACCUGGGGGGCACAUGCAGAGGCCUCCACCCGAGUGCAUGGGAGUGUCUUGGGGUGGUCUCAGCUGCCUGAGGAUCCCAUUCACAAAGCCUAUAGCUUGCGCUGCAGGAGCCAUCAUGGGUCAAGUGGGUGGAAUGGUUGGGAUCCCAUUUCCCUUCCCCGCUUCACUGCCUCCUUCCGUGCCAUGAAGCUGUGUUAGGACGAGACUGGGACUAGACCGGUGGUGCCUACUUGGAAAUCUAAUGGCGCAGACAGCAGGCCGUAUGUGUAUUUAAUUAUUGAAGCUCUCGUCAAUAUAUAUCCUGAGUGCUCAAGUUCAAUUCUUCCUUCUAUUCUAUUUUUCGGUGGCUUUAGAUUGCUUUGAUGUUCGCAUGAAGCAUUAGACAUGCGUAUAGCCACCUUGGAUCAAGCUUUUGGUUUUAAGAGCUGAGCAUCUGUAUUAAUAUUUAUUAAUGUUAUCAUACAGACUUGCCAAGA